AUGCCUAGUAGAGGUGACAGAGAACCUCGGAAGAAUAGGAGUAGGACGAGUCAGGAUUUGGGGUUUGGGGAAUACAAUGCGCAGCAGAGUGGUGAUUCUCAGGAUGGUUAUGGGAAUGAUUAUGGACAGAAGAUGAGGGGUGAGAUGGGCAGGAAGGAAAAUAGAGGGUCGAGGGAUUAUGAUUAUGGGUCGAUGAAAGAGAAAAAUGCUGCUGCGGGCAAAAGAUAUGAUGUUCAGGCUCCGGAUACUUCGAUUGUUUUGGAAGGUUAUAGAGCGGAUAUUUUGAAUGGAUUUGAGGAACCACAAGCACGUUAUAAUCCGGGAAAUACGGCGCAUCCGCAAAGUUCUAUAUCACUCGAUAUUAACGAUCCAAUACAAGUACAUUUAUUAGUAGAGACAGCAUUAUGGGAUGCAAAGGAGUACGAAAUUUUAUCCCCAGAAGAAGUCGAUGAUCUGAAAAAACAAUGCCAGUCUUUAAACCAACGAAUUCAAACCGCGCGACAAAAUUUGGUGGUUCAUUCGAAAUAUCGCGAUGCGACUCGUUCCAUGUCAAAGUUAUAUCCGGAUAAGAAGAAGAGUGUGGAUUUGAAUGAUCCUAAUAAACAGAAGCGCGGUAUAUUUGGAAAUAGGGAUAGAAGUAAUAGCGAUCAGGUUCGAGAAGCUGAUUUGGAGCGUGUGGCUAGUGAAAAGAAAUGCGAAGAAUUGGCAGCAGAAUUGUGGUCUUUGGAGAAGAGAUUGAUUGAACCCGAGCAUCGAUUAUUGAAGCAUACAGCAGGAAUUCUUCAGAUGACACAUAAAGGCCCUAAAAGUCAUCCUGGAGGAGAAGAUGCCCGUCAAGCUGGUAUACCUGGAAGUCCGGAAAGUAUGUACACGUAUCAUAAUGCUAGGAACAGUCUUGAGUUGAUUGAGGAUGAGUUUGAUGAAAGAAGCUUUUAUCGACAAUUGGAUCCUUUGGAUAUAUCUUUUGCUUUUGGUAUGAAUCAGGCAUUGGAAACUCCAUCUACAGAAAGGUCAAAAGAGCAUAUGCAACUUAUCUCGACUACUGAACAAAAAUUGGAGGAUCUUAAUUCUGCUUUGAGAGAAGUUCUUAUUAAGGCUAAUCCGGACCGAGACGCGAGCCAAAACCCAGUACCACUUGCAAGAACAAAUGCUGAAGGAAAACCGACUCAACCUGGAGAAACUUUACAAAAUCAUCUUGAUUAUUUGGAGCAAGGUAUUGCUGCUCUUGAUCUCGAGCAAGGUGCUUCGAAACGGAAAGCGGAUGAGCUUAAUGCUUCUAUGGAAGAUACUUUGGAAGAGUUAAAUCGUCAAGUUAAGGGUCUUCUUUCACCUACACAUCCAGAGUUGAAAGAGCCACCAGGUAUCACCGGACAACAAACUGGCUUGAGGGAGCAAUUGUAUUAUUUCCAGGAUAUUAUUGCUUCGGUAGAAGAGGAACUUACAAAGGCAGCGGAAAUAGUUGCGAAUCCUCCUAUCAAUAGGAGUAAAUCUUCAGAUAGUGAUCAAAUGGAGGCUGUACUUAUGGGUUUGUGGGAUAUUAUACAAUCUGGGGAAGAAGAGCUUCGAAAACAGAAGCACGAGCGGAAGCUUAAUCGGGCGGCGAAUGGUCGUACUCCUCAGGAUGAAUCUGAUACUGGUUCUGAGAUGGGUGAUCCAAAUGAGCCAUACACGCUUCAAGCAUUUUCCGCCAAAGUACAGUGGUUGUAUUCUUCGGCUACAAAAUUGAAGGAGCAUAAGAAGGUUCUGCAACGACAAAUCAAACAACAGCGAGAAUUGAAUAAUAAGUCAGAUGCUCAAAAGGAUGCUGAGUUAGUGGCUAAGCAAGAAGAGCUUGAUAAGACUACGGAUCUUCUCGGGAGGACAGAACGCAAUGCUGCUGACCUUCAGGAACAACUAAGCAAUGCUAUGACUGAAUUGGUGAAGGCAAGGGAAGCAGACAAGAUGGAUGCCGAGGCCCAGGCUAAGGAUUCUGCUACUCUUCGAGAAACACAAGAACAGCUUUCUAAGGCUCGUCGUUUACACGAGGAGGAGCUUAUUAAUUCUCAUCGUGAAGCUUCGGAACGAAUUGCUAGUCUUACUGACGCGCAGCUUCGUGCACAAGAACAGCUUACUGUCGCAACUCGUGAAUCCCAGGAGCGGAUUGCUGGUUUGGCGACUACUAAUCGAAAUCUUGAGGAUCAGCUCGCUUCUGCCAAUAAAAAGAUUGAUGAGAUGGAACUAGAGCUUCAAGGGAUCAAGGACGAUCAUGGUAUUAAUAGUGCUGAUGUUACGAGCAAGUUGAGUGGACAUGAAGCUAGGAUCGCAGAGUUAUCGACUGCUGUAGCUGCAGCGGCUACGACUAGAGUUGCUCAUGAAAACUCUCUUAGGGAGAAGGAUAGAUUACUGGCGGAGAAAGAGAAAGAGGUGGAAGAUAUCAGUAUGAAGGUUGCAGAAUUACAAACGGAAGUUGUUAUUGCGAGAGCAGAACUUGAUGGUGCAUAUGGUUCACGAGCUCAACGUGCUGCUGAAGUUGCCUCGAAUCCUGCUAUUCAAAGGGAAAUUGAUGCCAUGACCAGAAAGAAUAAGGCGUUGCAGGAGCAGAUGGAUGCCCUCCAUAAUAAAAACUUUAUGCUGCAAGGUGAAAUUGCAGAACUCCAAGCGGCGAGAUCCCCAGGUCCAGCAAUUAGCGCCGAAGCGGAAGCGAAGAUUGCAGAGCUCAAAAAGGAACUCGAAGAGACGAUAGUGGAGUAUGAAGCCAUGACUAAAGCGUCGAUUGAAUGGGAAAUGGAGAGAGAGAAAUUGGAGGCGAAUAUUGAUAAAUUGAGGAAUGAGAAGGAGGAUCUUGAGAGUCAAUUGAGUGAUGAGAAGGUUAAAUGGUUAGGUAUGAAGAGUCCUGGGGAUGGAAGUUUGACGCCGGGAAUGAUGAAUACAAGUACGACAGUCUUGAAAAAUGAGUUUAAGAAGAUGAUGAGGGAUUCUAGGGCGGAGGGUUUGAGAGCUUUGAGGGCCGAACAAGCCGAAAGAAAAAGAAUCGAAGAAGAAUUGAGGGCUUUGAAAAAGGUACAGGGGCCUGGUAGAUCGGCUUUAGCCCAGAGUGUUUCUUGA